AUGAUGUCGCACUGUCUGGACAUCAACCCAGAGCCAACCGACCUAGAGCAGAUACUAAGCGACUGCAGGGAGACUCUGAAAUACUGUGUGAAAACUGGCCAUCCUCACUUCUUCAACCAAUUAUCUACUGGGAUCGACGUGAUCGGCAUGGCGGGAACCUGGCUUGCAGCCUCAGCCAACACAAACAUGUUCACCUACGAAGUGGCUCCAGUAUUCACGUUGAUGGAGGAGGUCAUAUUCACACACAUGAGGAAUCUGAUUGGCUGGCAGGACGUGGACGCCAUAUUUGUGCCAGGUGGCGCCCUGUCUAACCUUUACGGUGUACUGUUGGCCCGCCAUCACGCCAUGCCGGAAGUGAAACGAGCAGGUCUUUCCGGCGACAAGAGACCAGUGGUUUUCACGUCGGAGCAAAGCCACUUCUCCAUCAAACGAGCAGCGGCUAUUCUGGGUAUCGGCACGGACAAUGUUGUCUUCGUCAGAUGUCUCGGCAAUGGUAAGAUGGACCUGCAGGAUCUUCACGAAAAACUAAGGGCAUCGCAACAAGCCGGAGCCGUGCCGAUCAUGAUCAAUGCCACAUGUGGAACUACGGUGCUAGGUGCGUUCGAUCCACUCCCUGAGCUGGCUGAUUUGUGCGAGCAGUAUGGAAUCUGGUUGCACCUGGAUGCUGCAUGGGGAGGCGGGGCUUUGCUAACACGUGACUACAAAUAUCUGUUCCAAGGUAUAGAAAGGGCUGACUCCAUCACUUGGAAUCCACACAAAAUGAUGGGUGUGCCGCUGCAGUGUUCCGCGUUUUUGACCAAACAUAAGGGCUUGAUGAAAAUGUGCAACGGCAUGGGCGCCACCUACCUCUUCCAGACAGAUAAACAUUAUGACGUCAGCUACGACACUGGAGACAUGAGCAUCCAAUGUGGGAGACACAACGAUGUCUUAAAACUGUGGCUAAUGUGGAAGGCCAAGGGUGAUCUUGGCUUUGAAGAGCAAAUCAGCAAAAAUUUUCAGCUGGCCGCAUAUUUUCGAGAUAAAGUGAAAGAACGAGCAGGAUUCCACCUAGUGCUUGACAAGAUCGAGGCCCCAAACGUGUGUUUCUGGUACCUUCCGCCAUCUUGGAGAACACGUGCCAUCGAAAAGGUCAAACAUGCUCAUUUACAUGAGGUAGCCCCUUUGGUUAAAGCCAAGAUGAUGGAGUCUGGCGGUCUCAUGGUUCAGUACCAGCCUCUAGGCGACCUACCUAAUCUGUUUCGUGUCGCAGUCUCGAACCCCAGCCUGACAACACGCGACCUGGAUUACAUCCUGGAGGAGAUUGACCACCUGGGCAAGGAGAUUCCGCUGCCUCCAGAUUGGGACGACGAAACUCUGAGGGAUAAUCGACAUUAG